AUUUCAGCACACAUGCGGUGUAACUUCGUGUGUGUCAAACUCAGUUUAUGGCAGACCGUGAAUUUUUGGAGCAUGACGGUCACAUAAUUUUUUGGUGAAUGGCGGUCACUGGAUUUUUUUGACACCCUGGCCAAUUGAGCAGCAGAUUUAUCCUGAGGGUGGCUCUGGAGAGGGUCCGGGACAAGUCGUCCACGCCCGUCCGCCGUCGUCACGUGCUCAGACUCACGAGCCGCGUUGAGUACUGAAUGGAGGAGUGGCUGCCCAGCAUUUUUUAGUACCAAAGACCCGCCGCCCAGCCACCGUGGUUGAAGCAGCAGCAGCAGCAGCAGUGGUGCGGGUCCGGCAGGCACCAUGCUGCCGUACUGUCCUCUGAACACGAGCCAGCCGUGGGACAAGUGGCACGACCAUGGCGUCUCGGACUGUCUGCUGGAGACCGUCUGCACGGCGGCGCCGGCGGGGCUGCUGCUGCUGCUCGGCAUUGGGGAGCUGAUCUUUUACCGGCGCCACGGCACCGCUCUGGAGCACUACAGCCGUCCCCAGUCGGCCCUGUUCCGACUGCAGGUGGCCACGACUGUCGUGCUGGCGCUGCUGGCCCCAGCGCGCCUGCUGGCCCAGUGGCUGCUGCUGCCGGCCGGCCAGCCGCUGGCCGGGUUUCAGGUACUGGUCUGCGUGCUGACGGCGCUCAGCUGGUUCGGCUCGCUGCGGCUCAUCUGGCUGGAGCGGAACAACCUGCUGCCGGCGGUACCGGUGCGCGGCCACGGUAUACCGCUGCUGCUGUACUGGGCGGCCGCGCUGCUCGGUCAGGCGGUGGAGCUCAUCAACUUCCGCAGCCCCCACUGGUGGUUCCGGCUGGACAGUAACAUCGACUGGGUAGAGGUGUCGCUGUACGGGGUCCGCCUGGCUGGCGGCGUGCUUGUUUUCCUGAUCGGUCUCCGCGCGCCCGGCAUCGCGUCCGUGGCCGACUACAUACCCUGUCAGCGGCCCGCCGCCGGCACCGACGGCGUCAAUAACCCGCGCAGUACCGGCGCAGAGGGGACGAUUGGAGCUCAGGAGGGCAGCACGUGGCGCGGCCUGGCGCGGAAGCUGCGCCGGCUGCUGCCGUUCAUCUGGCCGCGCUCGGACCCGCUGCUGCAGGCCACUGUACUCUUCUGCCUGGCGCUGCUGGUCGGAACGCGUAUCACAAACGUCUACGUGCCGCUCUACUACAAAUAUAUCGUGGAUGAUCUGACCACCACGGACGGCAUACACCUGACACCGCAGUUCCCGUGGAAGGAUAUUCUCACAUACGUCGGCCUCAAGUUCCUGCAAGGAGGUGGCGUCGGGAGUAUGGGCUUGCUGAACAACCUGCGGAAUUUGCUCUGGAUCAAGGUGCAACAGUACACGGAGCGUGAGGUCCAGGUGGACCUGUUUGCCCAUCUUCACCGCCUCAGUCUGCGCUGGCACCUGGCGAGGAAGACGGGGGAGGUCCUGCGCAUCAUGGAUCGCGGCACCUCCUCCAUCAACAUGCUGCUCAGCUACCUCGUCUUUCAGAUCCUCCCCACCGUCGCGGAUAUCGUCAUUGCCAUCUCCUUCUUCGCCGGGGCGUUCAACUUUUGGUUCGGCCUCAUCGUGUUCGUCACGAUGCUUCUCUAUAUGGUGGCCACGGCUGUGAUUACCGAAUGGCGUACCAAGUACCGGCGUCAAAGCAACCUCCUCGACAACGCCCAGCGCACCAAGGGCGUCGACGCGCUGCUCAAUUACGAAACGGUCAAGUACUACGACGCCGAGGAGUACGAGAUCAACCGGUACCGUACCUCGAUCCUGGACCGGCAGCGGAUCGACUGGCUCUCCCAGGCCUCUCUGAACGUGCUGAAUGUGGUACAGAACGUGGUGAUUAACGGAGGACUGCUGGCCGGCUCGCUGUACUGCGCCUACCUGGUGUCGUCUGACGGAAGUCUGACUGUGGGGGACUAUGUGCUGUUCUCGACAUACAUCCUGCAGCUGUACACGCCGCUCAACUGGUUCGGAACCUACUACAGGAUGAUCCAGCAGAACUUUGUCGACAUGGAGAACAUGCUGGACCUGCUGCGGGAGGAGGAGGAGGUCAUUGACCUGCCCGGCGUGUCCGACCUCGUCGUCAAGGAGGGAAGGCUGGAGUUCCGCAACGUCUCCUUCCACUACGUCGUAGAGAAGCCGAUCCUGCGGGGCGUCUCGUUCAGCGUGGAGCCGGGCCAGACGGUGGCGCUGGUGGGACCGUCUGGCGGCGGCAAGUCCACCCUCAUCCGUCUGCUGUUCCGCUUCUUUGACGUCACCGACGGCAGGAUCAUGCUCGACAACCAGGACAUCAAGUGGGUGAAGCAGCGCUCGGUGCGGCGCGCCAUCGGAGUCGUGCCCCAGGAUACCGUGCUCUUCAACGAGACCAUCAGGUACAACAUUCGCUACGCACGUCUCUCGGCCUCGGACGAAGAGGUGGAGUCCGCGGCGCGCGCUGCGGACAUGCACGACAAGAUCAUGACGUUCCCGGAUAAAUACGAAACCCAGGUCGGCGAGCGAGGCCUAAAGCUAUCUGGCGGGGAGAAGCAGCGUGUGGCGAUCGCGCGCACGCUGCUCAAGGCGCCCCGCUUCAUCCUGCUCGAUGAGGCUACCAGCGCGCUCGACACCCAGACGGAGCGUAAUAUUCAGGAGUCGCUGUCGCACGUGGCGACCGGCCGCACCACGCUGGUCGUGGCGCACCGUCUCUCCACUAUCGUGCACGCCGAUCAGAUUCUGGUGCUGAAGGACGGUCGAAUCGUGGAGCGGGGCCGGCAUGAAGAACUGCUCGAGCGGGGCGCCGUGUACGCGGCCAUGUGGCGCCAGCAGUCCGAAACGACCGAGAGACGCGGCCGGCGUUCACCGGAGCGGAAGCCGCGAGAGGGCGCCGCCGCCGCUACCGGAGCCACAGGCACCAACAGCGGCACGGAACAAUGAGCCGGGCGGCACUAGGGAGUUGAUGAACGGAGGCAGGGGACGGCGACUGCUCCCGACUAGAUAUUCAACUGCUGUGACAUGUUUGUGUAGCGUCCAAACGGCGGACGGCGGUAGCGCGGGCUGCCGCAGUCCGUUUAGAGGAGCACGGAGUGUGAGUAGGUAGAUAGUGCAAUAGUGUAGUGAGCAUGACGACUGUAGCUGAGACCGGCGGGUGGCCGAUACCGGCCGGACCUGGACCUCUCAGUCUUUCCCCGGUGACCUGUUUUAUUUUGCGGACGCGCGGAUGAUUAAGUUAUCAGCUUUAACUGAGCUCAUGUCACUGUCUAGGCGGACUCGCCGCUGCGAGACGCUAUCAGGGGUGAUGUGCCUGAGCGGUCACCAAAUCAGCACAUGGUGCAUGUUCUCCAGGGUAAUCGGGGCACAACAGAUGGUUUGACAUGGUGAUGUAUGUUCGCCUCAGUCAAUUCCGUAUUAGUGACAAUAUUCGGUAUCUACUUAUAUCUAACAUACCACGUGCUUUUAGCUGCCGGUGCGGCGGCGUUUAUCAUUCGUUUAUCAUUUCUGGGCGAAGUACGACUCAGCCUACGGUGAGCGAUGUGCUACCGGAUGUGUCAAUGUAAGUCAGUAUCAGUGGAAUGUUUGAGGGUUAGUGUUUUAGUUGAUAUUAUAUGAACAUUUAUGUAUAAUUCGUGCCCCCGUGAAUAUAAUGUCCACUGUCAUUGCC